AUGCGACAAUUCAAUCCGUCGCUACCAGUCUCUGCCAGAGCGCGAGAAGCGGAUCGCGCCCAGCUUGUCUCCACGUCAGCACUGCUCCAUCACCUCAUCGCAUACCCGCGCGCAAUCGGGUCGCCCCACUUCGACGCCAUACCGGCCAGAAAGAUAAUUGCAAAUCUGUUCCAUUCGCCGUUCAGCGUGAGCAUGACAUGUGCCCAUUCAUCGAGACCGGACCACCGAAGUGACCAAGAACUUAAA